UUGUUCAUCACUGACUGUGUGCUUGUUCAGCUGCAUACAUCAUGAAGCUGAUGGGAAUCCCUCUGCGUCUCGUGGCCAUGGUCAACUCCAACGACAUCGUCCACCGCGCACUCCAGAGCGGAGAUUUCUCUAUGUCCGACUCCGUCAAGCAAACUCUUGCUCCUGCCAUCGACAUCCAGGACCCGUAUAACAUGGAACGCGUGUUCUGGCUGCUGUCUGGUCGAGAUGGAGCGAUGGUUAAGAGUUUGAUGGAGGAGUUUCAGAGGACACACAAACUUACUCUUCCUGUGUCACUCCAUCAGCAG